CAUUUCACUUCAGGUUUUGUUGAGUAGAGAGCAACGUCAACAGCGUUCGUGUUUUCUAUAAUUGUUAGUUUGGUAAUUUUUAUAAAAGAAAAAUGAGGGAAAUCGUUCAUAUCCAAGCCGGCCAAUGCGGUAACCAGAUUGGAGCCAAAUUCUGGGAAAUCAUCUCAGACGAGCACGGCAUCGACCCCACCGGAGCCUACCACGGCGACUCAGACCUCCAGCUCGAGCGCAUCAACGUGUACUACAAUGAGGCAUCAGGCGGCAAAUACGUACCCCGUGCCAUCUUGGUGGACUUGGAGCCCGGCACCAUGGACUCUGUCCGCUCGGGCCCCUUCGGUCAGAUCUUCCGCCCCGACAACUUCGUGUUCGGCCAGUCCGGAGCCGGCAACAACUGGGCCAAGGGCCACUACACAGAGGGUGCCGAAUUAGUAGACUCAGUUCUCGACGUGGUGCGAAAAGAGGCAGAGUCCUGCGAUUGCCUGCAGGGGUUCCAGCUGACACACUCGCUCGGGGGCGGCACCGGCUCCGGCAUGGGCACCCUCCUCAUCUCCAAGAUCAGAGAAGAGUACCCAGACAGGAUAAUGAAUACAUACUCAGUCGUCCCCUCGCCGAAAGUAUCGGACACCGUCGUGGAACCGUACAACGCGACCCUGUCGGUGCACCAGCUCGUAGAAAACACGGAUGAGACAUACUGCAUCGACAACGAGGCUCUCUACGACAUCUGCUUCAGGACGCUGAAGCUCACCACCCCCACGUACGGCGACUUGAACCACCUGGUGUCCCUGACCAUGUCGGGGGUGACGACGUGCCUGCGCUUCCCUGGACAGCUGAACGCCGAUUUGAGGAAGCUCGCCGUGAACAUGGUGCCCUUCCCCAGGUUGCACUUCUUCAUGCCCGGAUUCGCACCUCUUACGUCACGUGGUAGCCAACAAUACAGAGCUCUCACCGUCCCCGAACUCACCCAGCAGAUGUUCGACGCCAAGAACAUGAUGGCCGCUUGCGACCCCAGACACGGCCGGUACCUCACGGUGGCCGCCGUCUUCAGAGGCAGGAUGUCAAUGAAGGAAGUGGACGAACAGAUGCUCAACAUCCAGAACAAGAACAGCAGCUACUUCGUGGAAUGGAUCCCCAACAACGUGAAGACUGCCGUGUGCGACAUUCCUCCUAGGGGCUUGAAAAUGUCUGCCACCUUCAUCGGUAAUUCCACUGCCAUCCAGGAGCUCUUUAAGAGGAUUUCCGAGCAGUUCACCGCUAUGUUCAGACGUAAGGCUUUCUUGCAUUGGUACACCGGAGAGGGUAUGGACGAAAUGGAGUUCACCGAGGCCGAGUCCAACAUGAACGAUCUCGUCUCCGAAUACCAGCAGUACCAGGAAGCCACAGCCGACGAAGAUGCCGAAUUUGACGAAGAACAAGAAGCCGAAGUCGACGAGAACUAAGUUUCAAUAAUGCGCGCUUUACGAGCUUUUUUCAAUAAUCUUUUUUUAAAUUUUUUCCCUUGUAUGUCUCUUUUUGUACAUUCCCGUUAAUAAUCGAAUACAUUACUUAACUUAUUCAA